CUUCCCUAAUCUGAUUCGGCACCAUCAGUCAGUCUACCAUGGCUUUCUCUACCUAGUACCUACCAGCCUGUUGGCAGCAGCUAGCCUGGUCACGCACCUACGCACACACGCACGCACGCGUUCUCCUCCGCUCGGUCUCGACUGAUAGCGCGACGCCGACAUUGCCUUUCCUCUUUCAGCAGCGCGUCGACGAGAUGAACUGGACUUUUGUUGCGCCGCCGUCGUUGUCUCGCCGCCCGGUGGAGAGACCAACCAAGUGGAAGAGUUGCAGAAUGAUUCGGCAGAUAAGCUGCCGCUUACCCGACUUGCCGCCGUGCUAGGAGAGAUGCGGAAUUGCAUCGGUAGGUCGUCGCGCCAUGAGAUUGGUUCAGUCCGGAGCAUGCAGGGCGUGCGGGAGCCAAGAUUGGAGGCUCUUCCUAGCGUGGAGGAGGAGGUGAAGGGUGAAGGGUGAAGGGGCUGUUUCUCCCAAAGAGGAAGAACAAGCAGAAGAAGAAGAAGAAAGGGGAGGGGGGGAAGGACGCGAGACUCGUCAAACGCGGCGUCGUAUGCGUCAUCGAUCUUGUCCUUUUCCUUCGUGUCCGGAUGGCUGACGGCUUCGAUGUCCGAGGGGCUUGUAUUUGUUUUCUUGUAUCGAAUAAGCGCAAUUUUGCCUACUGUCAGACGGGAGGAAUGAACGAACAGCCAGAGGACAGCAUAUAAUACCCAGACAUGAUGCCUUCAGAGAGAGAGGGCUUGCUGUUGCUUUGACUCGUUCGACUUCAUUGUUUCCCUCUCGUCCCCUCUGGUUCAAGCCAGAGACUGCAUGUGAAUCAGCGAGAUAUCGGUAUCGAGUUCAUCUCUGGGCAGAAGGUUGGCCGUUUAUCUUCAGCUUCAGACAGACAAACGAUAAUACGAGUCACCCCAAGAGAGAGGCUCCGGAGCGCAGGACAACCCCCCCCCCCCCCCAUUCGAUCAAUACGAAACCCCCUAGAGCGGUCACGAUCACCAUGUUCUUCAAAAAGCGCAACGAGGCCGCCGUUGGCACAACGACACCGUCGACAGACCGGCCCGCCUCAUCGCGCACGAGCAAGACCCCCGAUGAUGACGAUGACCAACAGCGGCCGCAUCACCAGCCUGCUCAGCACGCCCUCGCGCACACCUCGACAACUCGCUCCGAGAUCCAGUACCCGUCCGGCCUCAAGCUCUUUCUCAUCAUGCUCUCCAUCUUGGUGUCCAUGUUCCUCGUCGCAUUGGAUCGCCUCAUCAUCGCCACCGCGGUGCCCCAGAUCACCGACGACUUUCACUCCGUCACCGAUAUAGGCUGGUACGGCUCCGCCUACCUCCUCACCACCUGCGCCUUCCAGCUCCUUUUCGGCAAGCUCUACGCCUUCUUCCCUAUCAAGACCGUCUUCCUCGCUUCUAUCGGGCUCUUCGAGCUCGGCUCCGCCGUCUGCGGAGCUGCCCCCUCCAGCGUCGCCUUCAUCGUCGGUCGCGCUCUUGCUGGCAUCGGCGGCGGCGGCAUCUUCGCCGGCACCAUCGUCGUCAUGAUCCAUUCUGUCCCGCUCCACCGCCGCCCCAAGUACCAGGGCGCCUUUGGCGCCGUCUUCGGCAUUGCCUCUGUUGUCGGCCCCCUGCUGGGCGGCGCCUUUACAAGCAAGGCCACGUGGCGUUGGUGUUUCUACAUCAACUUGCCCCUCGGCGGCGUCGCCCUGCUGGUCAUCGUCCUCGUGCUGAGGCCGCCCGAGCAGGAUCUUGGGGGCGCCUCGCUGUGGGAAAAGUUAAGGCAGCUGGAUUUUGCUGGGACGACAGUGCUUGUGCCGGGCGUCGUAUGUCUUCUCUUAGCGUUGCAGUGGGGAGGCGUCGAGUACGCGUGGAACAACCCGCGAAUGAUCGCUCUCCUCGUCCUCGCCGCCGUCCUCCUUGUCUCCUUCGUCGCCGUCCAGAUCCUCCUCCCAGAAACCGCCACUGUGCCCCCCCGCAUCAUGCGCAACCGCUCCAUCGCCUUCGCCUCCUGGGCCGCUUUUUUCAACGGCGGACACAUGAUGAUUUUCGCCUACUUCCUCCCUAUCUACUUCCAGGCCAUCCAGGGUGUCUCUGCCGUCGAUUCCGGCAUCCGCACCCUCCCGCUCGUCCUUUCCAUGACCGUCUUCGCUAUCGUCUCGGGCGGUGUCAUCACCCGCCUCGGUUACUACACCCCGGUCAUGCUGCUGGGAACCUGCAUCCUGGCCGUCGGCGCCGGCUUGCUCACCACCCUCCAGGUUCACACGGGCGCCGCGAAGUGGGCGGGCUACCAGGUCAUCUACGGCAUCGGCAUGGGCAUGUCUUUCCAGGCGCCUAAUCUCGCCGCACAGACGGUCCUGAAGAUCAAGGACGUGCCCGUGGGUACGAGCAUCAUGUUCUUCUCCCAGACGCUGGGCGGCGCCAUCUUCAUCUCGGUCGGGCAAAACGUGCUCAACAACGAGCUCGUAAAGCGCAUCAGGGGCAUCCCGGGGCUUGACGGCAUCGACCUCAAGGGCUCGGGCGCCACGACGCUGACGAAGCUGCCAGCCGAGGUGAGGGAUCCCGUGCUGGAGACAUACAACGAUGCGCUACGGGUCGUCUUUGUCGUCGGCCUGGUACUGGCCUGUUCUGUUCUGAUCGGCGCGGGCGGAAUGGAGUGGAAGAGCGUGAAGAAGGAGCAGCAGGCCAAGGCUAAGGCGAUGGCGGACGCGGAGGUGGCGGAGACGGCCCUUGCUGGUGGAAUUUCCGGUGUCGUAGCGGCUGCUUCUGUUGCCGGAGGACAGAGGGAAGAGAAGGAAGCCGACGAUGAGAGUGAGAAGGAGCUAGAUGAUGAGAAGAUUCGGGAACGCGUCGCGGAUGGUCAUGCCAUUCCCGUCAGAAUGGAAAAGGAGUCGGACAACAGUACCGUCUCUCCUCGUCAGGAGGACGAGGUGACCACUGUCGGGUCGGAGCUUGGAGCAACAAAGAAUAACUAGAAAGGGAGAGGAUGGCAAGCGGAAUAAUGAGAAGAUGGAAAAGGUAAGUCACAAGAUUUGACAUUUCGCAAUGC